AUGGCUCUCAGAGUAACCUCAACGUUUUUUCUUCUCUCUUGCGUCGCUGCGCGAUCGAUUGAGAAGCCUUCGCUCAAUACUCGCGCCACCUACCCCUUCAACAACCUCGUCGGCUACGGCGAUGAGCUCAGCGACAAUGGUAACGGUAGUUUCGCUCACGGCAUAACCGGCAACCCGGCAAACGUCUACGGCUUUGGAACCUGGACCAAUGGUCCCGUCGCUGUCUCCUACCUCGCCGAUCUCCUCGGCGUACCCUUGACGGACUAUGCUUUCGGUGGCUGCUGUGGCGGUGGCUCUUUUGGCGCAACAUUUGACAACGCCUACACCAAGUCACCCGCGGGCGCCACCGACAUGCUGGGACAGAUUGCCAACUACACCAGCAGCGGCUCAAACGGCAUCAAGUCGUCCAUGCAGUUCCUGUGGUUCGGCGAGAAUGACCUGAGCAUGCAUACCGACGCCUUCUGGCUGGGCGACUCGAAAAACGCACAAUUUGCGACUGAUGCCGCGACCAAGAUCACGGCGUCGGUGAAGAGCCUGCUCGAUAAGGGUGCGCCGUAUGUCAUGGUUGCAAACAUCUACCCUAAGCACCUGGCACCUGUGACGCCGAAGUAUCUUUGCGGAACCAACGCCGACUGCGUGAAGACCUGGGGACAAGUCAUCACGCAAGCCAACGCCGCGAUUCAGAAGAGCUUGGGACAGUUCGGGAAGAAGGUCAUCUACUACGAUGUCUUCAGCUUCAUGGUGCAGAUCCUGAACAACCCGAAGGCGUAUGGGUUCCCGAAGCCGCUGAACCUGUUUUGCGACGGAGAUGAGACUGCACAGUGGGAUGACUGCAUGGUCAAGGGAAAUGCGAACCAGUACUUCUGGAUGAACUUCAUUCAGCCUACCACCGCUGGCCACAAGUUGAUUGCUCAGGACAUGAAGAAGACUAUUGAUGCUCACUUUGCUUGA